CCCAGCACGCAGCGAUUUGACGUUUGAUCUCGUGCGAAAGAGGACGUGUGUGCGCUCUUGUGUGAUGUGCGGAAAAAGCUUUCCAACCGUGCCUAGUAGCAUCAUAGAUCCUUUUUCUUUAGUUUUAUAAUUUUUGGUCGCCACAUUUUGGGGGAAACCGGGAGGAGAGCGUGCAAUAAAGCGUGAACGAAAGAGCGAGAGACAGAGAGGGAAGUAGAGAAGAACACACACACAGAAACUGCGUGCGGGGGUGUGCUGUUAAAUUGAAGCAUAGCAAAGGCCCCACCGAAAACCGAACGGUGGUGGGCACGUACUUGCGCGUGCCUGUGUGUGUGUGUAUGUAUGUGAGUGUUUGUGUGUGCGUGCACGCCGGACCCGUUCUGGCCAAGUUGAUGCCCACUUCUGUUUCCCCCGCCCCCACCACUCCCCAAUCCCACUAAUGCUGGCUUGUGUGUUGGUGGAAAAAUCGCGUGAUGAUGAGCGCCGCCGUACCAAAUUGGUGUCCGGAUUUUUGGAAAAUAGCAGCCUAGCCGUGCAGCCGUGAUUGUGCGUUAACCACCCUCCCAUCCAUUCUCCAACCCUCAUCACCCGGCUGCAUUCGAAAACGGAGUGUGCGUGAGAGCGAGAGAGAGCGAAGAAAAGGAAGAAGAAUAAUUUCCGUGGAGGAAAAGGAAAUUUGACGGAGCAAGCAACAAUAGGCUGGAUUGCUUUGGAAAGAGUGAACGAGACAGACAGAGAGUGUCAUUGUGUGUGUGUUUGCGCGUAAGCAAGCGGUCAAGAAGAGAACAGAACGAACUGCUAAUCCCGGGGCAUAGAAGAAAAAAAGGCAUGUUGGUGAAGCUAUGAAGCGUGUGUUGUUUGUUGAGUAAAGUUAAAAGAUUACAGAGCGAAUUCAGCGAAUCGUUCAUAUCAGCGAAGAAGCAACGGCAUCAGUUCCCACCGGUAGUUAGGAAAAGUGCCAGCGAAACAAGUACCGCAAACGUACCUAAACGCACACACGCACACACGCAUCCACGCAGAAGGAGAAGCUACGGGGCUGCAGACCGACGCAACGCAACGCCAGUCAAACUAAUACACUCACUCACACACACUCGUACGCAUACGCGGCCGGGGUGAAGCAUUUGUGUUGGAAGCUUCGCUGGAUGCUGGAUACUGCUUGGUCGGAAAGGGGUCCAGUACAACUGUGUAGAGGUGGAGCUGCAGCAAGGAGCGACGAACGGGCAACGGCAUUGCAAGAGGAAGCAGGACCUUCUCCGCACACGCACACCGCGUCGUCAUACUCUCUCUCUCUCUCGCUCGCUCUCCCCUCACCUGCGUCACGGCAGCUCCUUUGUGGUGUGCAGUAGGCAGUAGGCGGCAGCAGCAGCAGCAAUAGCAGAAGCCGAAGAAGACCGUCGUCGUCGUAGUCGCGUCGAGGCGUUCUUGUGUGUGAAGCGCGCACGCGAGGUUCCAGUGCAGUCGUCGUCCCUGCCCGGGGUUGUUUCGUAGUGUAUUGUGCGCUCCAACUGGGUUGUCCCGCUGCCGUCGACUUCCCGGCCCCCGGACAGCAGGAGCAGCGGUGUGACGGAGAGCGCGUUUUUACUUUAUCGGUUCAUUUCUUUUAAUAAUGAGUGAUUAUUCCAACCAGAACUCGCAAAAUUUUAGUCAAUCGUCAGCAUUUGCAGCCGCUUUACAGAGAGCCAAACAAAUUGCCGCUAAGAUACACCCGGGUGGUCACCAGCAGCAGCAGCAGCCGCACCAACCAGUGAAGAGACCACACGACGAUCACGACUCCGGCCCAGAAUUGAAAAAGUUCGGUGGACAGUCUGAUUACAAUAAUGCUAGCUCGCCCACUGGCAUGAGUCAGGCUGCGAUGCAAGCCGCCGCCCAAGCUGCAGCAGUAGCCGCCCGUCUGUCGCAGAACAACAGCAGCAACAACCAGAACAGCUACAACUCCCCGAACGCUCCGCCCGGUGCCGGUGGACCGCAGGACCCGAACCAGCGCGUGCGCGAACUGAUCAGCAAGAUGGUAAACCACGGCCCCAUGGACAACGGCAAUCAUCCGGGUCAGGGUGGUGGUGGUGGUGGUGGCGGUGGCCGUGGCGGCGGUGGUGGUGGUGGCGGUGGUGGCGGCGGCGGAGGCGGAUUCGGCACCUACCAGGAGAUGAUGAUACCCGGCUCGAAGGUCGGGCUGAUCAUUGGCAAGGGCGGCGAAACGAUCAAGCAGCUGCAGGAGAAGACGGGCGCCAAGAUGGUGAUCAUCCAGGAUGGGCCGGGGCAGGAGAUGGAGAAGCCGCUGCGCAUCUCGGGCGACCCGGCGAAGGUCGAGCAGGCGAAGCAGCUGGUGUACGAGCUGAUCCAGGAGAAGGACGCGUACUCGCAGCGGCAGAACAUGAACGGGGGCGAGCAGGCGGAGGUGUUCGUGCCGAAGGCGGCGGUCGGCGUGGUGAUCGGCAAGGGGGGCGAGAUGAUCAAGAAGAUUCAGGGCGAGUCGGGCUGCAAGCUGCAGUUCAUACAGGGGCGCGGGGACGGUGCCGGCGAUCGGCGCUGCAUCGUGCAGGGCUCGAAGGCGCAGGUCGAGGAGGGCAAGCGCAUGGUGGAGGACCUGAUCGACAGCGUGCUGCGCCGGGAGCAGCAGGGCGGCGGUGGCGGUGGCCGCGGCGGAGGUGGAGGCGGAGGCGGUGGCGACGGUGGUGGCCACGGGCGGGGUGGCAUGGGCGGCAAUCCGAACCAGGAUAACAACUACAACAACUACAACGGCCCGCAGGUGACGCGGCUGGAGUACACGUUCACCGUGCCCGUGUCGAAAUGUGGUAUCAUUAUCGGACGCGGUGGUGAUACGAUCAAGCAGAUCAACCAGCAGUCCGGCGCGCACACGGAGAUGGACCGCAAGGCGUCGCUGAACCAGACGACGGAGAAAACGUUCACGUGCAAGGGCGAGCAGCACCAGGUGGACGAGGCGAAGCGGUUGAUACAGGACAAGAUCAACAUGGAGAUAAACAUGGUGUUCGUCGGGUCCUCGUCCGUGCCCGUCAACCAGUACCAGAACAAUGGCGCUGGUGGUGGUGGCGGUGGCGGCGGCGGAGGCGGUGGAGGUGGUGGCGGAGGCGGCGGCGGCGGUGGCCCUUACCAGCAGGGCGGCUGGGGCGGCUACCAGUCGCAGGGUGGCUGGGAGCAGCAGCAAUCGGCCCAGGUGAAUGCGGUCUCGGUGGCCGCGGCGGCUGCAGCGGCGGCCGCUCAGCAACAGCAGCAGCAGCAGCAACAGCCGCAGGCAGAUUACUCGCAACAGUGGAUCGAGUAUUACAAGCAAAUGGGAAUGCACCGAGAGGCGGAAAUCAUUGAACAGCAGGUUAAGGCACGGCAGGCAGCUCAAGGAACGAUGGCAGCUAAUCAAACUGUGCAAGGUCAAACAGUGAUGGCAGCCGCGGGAGCCGGUGCACCUCAGCAACAGGCGCAGCCGCAGCAGCAGCAACAGGUCGGCGGCCAGGCGGACUACAGUGCCGAGUGGGCCGAGUACUACAGGCGGAUCGGCAAGAUCGAGGAAGCGGAAGCGAUCGAGAAGCAGAUUGCGGCCAACAAGGUCUUGCAAGCACAGGCCGUUGCGGCAGCGGCAGCAGCAGCGGCGGCCGGCGGUGCCAACCAGCCCGGUGGUCCGGUUGGUGCCGGUGGCGGACCGUACGGCGGCGGGGGCGGCCCCGGAGCCGGUGGCCCACAGCAGCCCGGACCGGGCGGCUACGGAGGCCAGCAGUACCAGCAGUACUACGGUGGCGGCGGAGGCGGUGGUGGGGGAGGGGGCGGCGGCGGCGGCGGUGGCGGUGGACAACCGGGAUACGCCGGUUAUCCGUACGGCGGUGGCUAUCCGGGUCCGGGUGGUGCUCCGAACCAAUCGAAUGCAUCCAAUCAGGACAAGAAUUAGAGAGGAUGCGCUUGUGUACGUGUGUGUGUGUGUGUGCGCGCUGUUAAGUAGGCAAAGGAAAGGAGGAAGCAAUGCGAGAUUGUGUAAUUCACCGCACUUGUUGCCCCCCAACGCUCGACAACCGAUACAACCACCCACCAGCCAGCCAACCAGCCCAAGCCCCCCACUCUUCCAUAUACACUCCUCUGUACAUUACCAUGCGAUCUCUACACCACCACACACCCAACUACGAAAGACAAAGAGAGGAUCCACACGCGACGGACGGACGGAGUAUGCCAGUAUGGCCGACAGCAGCAGCAGCAGCAACAGCCGCCGCAGCAAUUUCGGCAUUUAUAUGGGAGUACGGUGUUAUCGUGUUUGAAGAAUCGGCUCCUAUAAAAACAAAUCUAGCUCUACUACUAGCUCCUUCAUUCUACAAGCGUGUGCCGUGUGAAUGUGUGUACAGUUUCUCUCUACUCUCACUCUCUCUCUCUACCAACAACCACUGUGUGUUGUGCGGACUACUGGCAACGUUUUAGUGUGUGUUGUGUGUGUGUGGGAGGAGAGACGCAUGGAUAACGCUGCGGCUGAGCAUUAUUACGCAUCAUAUAGAGCGCAACCCAACAGCAGCAACAACAGCAACAACAGCAACAACAGCAACAACAGCAACAAAACACACAACAACAAGAGAAAUAAAAUGAAGUUUGAAGUAAUAUUAUUAUGAUUAAUCCACGAUCCACAUUUAAAUAAAAACACACCAACACACUCUCACACAGCAUAGUUUUAGGGCUCUUGUACCGGUGAAACGGUAACAGAAGAAACACACGUUUACUUUGUGGUGUAGCGUUAGUAGCAAUAUAAUAAUGGAACCGAUUAACGGCCAAACAUAGCGAGAGAACGCAUAACGAAGUAAAGAAAAAAGAAGAAGAGAAAGGAGAAGAAGCAGAAGCAAGGGAGAGCAGUAAACGCACUUAUUCAAAUAAAAUAAAAGAAAAGAAAAAAUAAUCCUCACUCUUUAACCGGUGCUGUGUGUGCGCGCGCAGGCUCUAGAAGUUCCUGGACCGGCCGCGGAGCCGCCACGUGUGGAGUAAAGAACAUACCGUGAGCAAUUCAUCCACCCUCCCCCAAGGAUGGUUGAGCGCGGCCUCUGCGUACGGAAAUGCGAACAUGUGGUGGACACGCGCUCCAGCCAGAGGGCCUCCUUUACGCUUUGCCGAUCUGUACAGUUCCUGCUUUUGCCAAUGUGUGUAUGUUUGUGUGUGCAGUUAUUGUUCGUAGCACUAUUUUUCCUUUGCCUCUGAGUAGCACGUGUAAAGAACUACUAUUGUUUCAUUAUAAUAGCUAGCGUUGUAUGUUGCCUAGAAAGCGAAAUACAUUAGGCUCUAUCAAACUUAGAUAGAAUCACACACUCUUCCAAUCGGCAGGAUACAAUAGUGUUGCUGUGCAGUGCAGCGAAAGUGUGUGUCGUCGUCGAUGUGAAUCGAGAGAGGGGGGAGCAGUUCCAACACUUCCGUUACCGGUCCAUUCCGGUGUCACGCGACGAGCGACCCGGUGUGGUGUGUACUCCAGCGUCGUUGGUUUACUCCCAAUUGCAAACAAGAGAACUUGUGUUGAUGAAUCCCGUUCCCAAGUGGAUGAUCCAAGUAGCACGGGAUCAUCGUGAACAGCUUUUCUGAGCUUUCGAUAUCGUACGUUACGCGUUACCGUUACUCCGCGCCGUUAGUAGUGCGUAACGUGUUUUUUACACUUACCGAUAGUUGUGUUACUUUCUUUGGAGGGAAACAGAAAAAAUCGACCCGAAAAAAUCUUUACAACUCCUACGGUGGUGCAUGGUGGCAACGAAAAGCAGCUCGAAGGAAAAGUGAAACAAAAAAGAAUCAUCGCAACACACACGCAAUAGUCCGCGAACCACAUAACAAAACCUAGAUGUAAUGUUAACACAGGACACAUACACACGUAUAAUUAAUGAAACAAACAAGCAAGGAAGUAAGUUUAUGGUGUUUGUACCGUGUAGUUUUAUUUGAUGUACUAAUGUUCGAAAUUUUGUACUCCGGGGAAUUCUGUGAUUGUAGCGCUGCAUUUCCUAAAAUUUCUUUAUUUAAAGUUCAUGUUUUAAUUCGCCAUUAAUAGUUUGCUGCUCUUUUUAUAUUCAUGGGUUUUGUCUUUAUCUUCGAGGCACGAACUCUGUUGCUGAGGCGGACGCCAAAUGGGAGGAAGCCAUCGAACACACUGGAUUUGGUCUGGAGAUGAUUCCUGUUUCUUAUCUUUUUUUUUUUAAUUUUUCUUCUCUACUGGUUUUAUUUCAUAUUUUAUUAUAAUUCAAUUAAUAUUUUUGUCAUCUGAGGAUAUUUCUAUAUUAAAUAAUCGAUAUAUACUUUUAAAAUCCAUUAAAUGCUAUUUUUGUAUUAUGUAUUUCUAUACUGUGUACAUAUUAUCUUUAUUGCAAAUAUGAAACUCCAAUACUGUCUUCAAAUCUCAAUAUCAUCAACCAUUUCUAACUAACAAUUGAACGAAUGUACAACAUUUAAGUAAGCUAGCUCAACAUUUUCAUUAUGCAUUUAUUACAUGAACAAAUAUGCUUCUUCGUACUUCUUCAUUCAAACAUUUGCUCAAUCUUCUUAAAAAUGGUAUUUGUGGGUAGUAUUUGGUGUGAUUCGUUCGAAAAGUAAUCGAUAGCUGAGCUAUUUGUUAGUGUUGUUAGUGGCGCUGCAAAGUACAUGUAUAGUUUAUGCGAAAUGUUGUUGGUGGUAUCCUGCCGCACACUGCUGCUCUUACUACUGCUACUACUGGAUCAUUUGGUGAGUGUUUACCAUUUUAGCGGAGUUCUGUUUUGUCCAGCAAACGCAUCGACUCUACAACCAGGAAUAAAUGUGUGUUUGUGUGUGUGUGGUUUUCUUCAAUACAAGUGUUGGUUAAUGUUAUCGAAAUAAAAGUGCAAAAGGGAAAUAGUAGAUAUAUAUCGAGAAAAAGUGCGUUUUAGUGAGUGAGUGAACUGGUAUGGUCUAACAAGAAGAACAAAUAAACGUAAACAAAAUUAAACUUUUGUGUCGGUUUUAAUUUACUAAGGAAAAAAAUAUCUCCCAUGAUGACCAUGAGAAUUAUCAUUCAAAAGUAUGUUUAAGAAAGUGAAUAGGCAAGUAUAUGUGCUAGAAAUUCGUUAUCCAUGAAACGGUUUAGCAUACCUGGGCAACUCUGGAACUAAAUGCUGAACUAUAGAUGAUGGAUAUUUUUGUAAAUUUCUAAAAUCACUUUUCAUCACCAGUUAUUCUCUAAAUAUCACAAUCAUUAAAUAUGUUACCUGUAAACGCGAAUAAAACGAUCGAGAAGCAAAGUAAACCUACAAGCGUUACGCGUAACGCCAGCGUAACGCAGCAUAGAGCUGAGUCUACUGUCCGACAAUUAGACCAGUUCUGUCAUAAUGCGUUGCUAGAAAAAAGGAAAAAAAUACAAAACUACGCACAGCCACUUGAAAGCGGCAGCAUUUUCCCCAAACGACGAGCGAUUGUGCCAUUCCAAGAUGAUUGAUUUUGUCGGAAUAGUGUUUGCGCUAUUGGUCGCCAUCGGUGGUAUCGUGGGCUACAAGCGUGCCGGCUCUACCGCUUCCCUCUAUGCCGGGCUCGUGUUCGGAGUGGCCAUCGGAGCGGGCGCAUGGUGCAAUUCGUUACAGCAACCGUUCCCGUACGUACAGUUCGUAGUCCUGUUUCUGCUCAUCGUCGUCAUGAUGAUACGGUUCUACAAAACGAGAGCAUUUAUGCCACCGGGGCUGAUACUGUUGCUGUCGCUGUGCGUCCUGGUCUGGACGAUCUUCAUGUACGGAGACAGCUUCAUCUCGGGGUCGAACGAGAAGCCAAUACCGGUAAAUGGGACGAUCAGCGUUGCAACCGAUGGCCGUAAGCUGGAGUGACCGAGAGAGCGCUGUGAAGCAUCAUUCCAGCUGGCAUCUGUAGGGAAGGAUUGUUGGAAUCAAAAUGAGACCCCAGUGCAUUUGCUGUAGAGUAGUAUCUUCCAAAAUCAUUCAUUUUCCUACAAAGCAUACUAUUCUGAUUUGGGCCUCAACGAAAGUCAGGAUAAUGCGCCGUGGAGCCGUUUAUUGUUAUGCACAUAUUACGCCAUUAAGGCGACACACGUUCUAGACUGUAAUUAAUGGGAGCCAAAUUCUUGAAAACGGUACAAUCGGAAUCUCAGGGAACUGAUUUUUGUAUUCGUGUACGAACAAUUGUAUAUUAUAUUGCCAACAAAAGUUAAAAGUGUCAUCAGACAGACGGUUAUUAGCGUCACGAGCCUAAUUUUGCAGUUGACUGCUAAGCAAAGCGCGAUGGUUUUGGUGCAGUAAAGGCACCAUUUUGAUUGAAUUAUUCUGUAAUCGUACAAAUAAACUGAAAUAAAUGUUUAAUAUCAA